AUGGCCAACUAUAUCUGGAGCUUGAGCGUGGUGCGGUUGGGGUUGAGGGUCAAGGCGUACCUGUCGACGAAUCGCUCCCGUGGGCUCACCAAGGAGAACCAGGUCGUGUUGGAUUACAUAGAGCAUGAGCCACCGAGCAGCACCGGCGUCCGAUCUUGUAAGGGCAACUAUGACCCCGAAACCAUGAAGGAGUACAUCUACCUCGUCGAUGGCAAAGAGGUGGAGAAGGUGGAGUUCGGGCAGCAAGUCAAACAGGUAGCCUACGGGGUUCCGGAGACGGUGGAUGUCGAGAAGGUCUGGCAAUGCAAAGGGAAACUGCUGAAGUUGAGCGACGGUCGAAGGGAUCAAGGUGUGGCGCGGCGGCGGGACCUAUGCCUGUCCUUCGCCCUCUUCAAGAUGCUCAGGUUAAGGUUUGCCGUCGAUCAUGUUGGUCGUUUUGCCCUCCCUUUCCAAGAAGGCAAGUCAUGGGACUUCGUCGUCAAGGGGCUCCUCGCCGAUGACCAAGACCUCGAUAGGGCGUACCGGGUGGUCGAGGCCGAGCUUGGGUUCCUCUUUGAUUUCUUCUAUGCCCGUUAUCCAUCUAUCAAGAACAGCCUGGCUCCUGACCUUGCUGUGUAUGUCGCGAUCCUCACGACAAGCCUAUUCACCCUCUUCUCCCCGGACCUUCUCCGAUACCGGCCGCUUCGGCCUGGUCCCGGAGACGGUGGAGAUGCCAGCAACAUCAUCAUCCAUGGCUUCAACCUUGACCUCCUUGUCACCCGUUUGGUAAUCGUUUGGUACAUCUUCCUCGAGUCCUAUCAGUUCUUUACCUUCAUCUUCUCUGAUUGGCACAAGGUGAAGAUGAUGUGUCGGUACGUGCGCAAUGAGUCAUGGCACAGGGCGCUCAUGGAGGUCCCACUCAAGGUGUUGUGCCAUUUCAGUACCAUCACGAGGUACUGGAAGGGAACCAUCGGCCAAUACUUCCUCCUAGACAACAUUCAUCCUCACUGGAUCAAGACCUUCCUAUCAUGGUUCUCCAUCGAGGCCAAGGCCCUGGACUCAUGGCUGAUGACUCGCUCCAUCCGCUUGACACCGGAGGUGAGCCACGCCGUGCUCCGUGAGCUCAAGAACUGCAACGGCAACAUCACCGACGGGAGGAUGUGGUUGUAUCAGAAGGGCAUCAUCGACAUGGACCUCGAUCGUGACGUCUUGCUCGGCAACCCAUACGCUAAUUACAUCCUGAAGUGGCACAUUGCCACUAGCAUCUGUGACUACGGGCUGAGCAUGGAGAACGGCGCUACCACCACCGACGACGAGUUCGCGAGGAAUCACGAGGUCGCAAUGAAGUUGUCAGGGUACUGCGCGUACCUGCUAGCGUUCCAGCCGGAGCUAGUGCAGGACAACACGUACAGGAGCACGUCGACAGUUCAAGGCACGCUGCAAAAUGCCCGGGACUUCCUCGGCGGCUGCAAGUCCCACGGGGAAAAGUACAAGAAGCUGAUCGAGCUGGGGCGCUCGAAAAUAGUGAUGGACCACGAGAUGGCGCAGAAAAGCAAGGACAUCAUCUACAGCUACGACUCCGACGAGGAGAAGGUGAAGAAGAUGAUCGAGCUGGACAACUCGACGAGCAACGACACGGUGAACGUGCUUAAGAUCCUGUCUCAGGGCGCGAGUGUCGCCGUGUACCUCGUCGAUAGGAUCGAGGACACGAGAGAGCGGUGGAAGGUGCUCGCCGCUUUCUGGGCGAACCUGAUGCUGUACAUCUCCCCGUCGGAUAGGGCGGUGGCACACGCCACCAGGAUGGCGACCGGCGGCGAGUUUAUAACGAUCCUAUGGGCUCUGCUGACACAUGCUCAUGUGGUAGACCCGCUCCAGUCGCGCGGCGGUAACUCGGGAUUGCAUAUGCAGCUUGAGGAGGAAGAGAGGAGGCGGCCGCUGAUCGAAGAGCAAGAGAUGGAGCUGGUGACGAGGCGCAAGCUGCGCGAAGAGCAAGAGAGGAACAUGCAGAUGCAGGGCCAGCCGCCGAUCCAGCCCUGA